GCUCCAACUGCGCGCAUUUAUAGCCGUUACCGGUCUUCUCGUUCUCCUCCUCCCUAAUCUCCAUCCAUUCCUCCAUGGGGAACGACGCCGUUUUGAGGACCUGCCUCGUCGGAUUAGCGGCGGCGACCUUCUUAACAGCACUCUGCACUCACUCCUGGAGGAAAACUGCCGCCACUUACUGGAUCGGAAUGCUCGCUAUCUGCGGCGUCGUUUUGCCUGACUGGAAGUUCUUCGACCGUCCUGUCUCUCAGUGGCACACUCUCGUCGCCGACGACGCCGAUCCUCCGCCUCUGAUGAGGUUGAGAUUAUAUCCAAUCCGAGUGUUGUUAUAUGCCGCAGUGUACGGAUUUGGUUUGCGCAAGUGGUGGAGCUUCAUUUCCAGCUAAGUAUAAAUCAACCAAUGUUGUUCGAGCUGCUCUGAGCUUAAACACCACACUGCUAGCUUCGUCAAGCCUGGAGCAACCUAGCUACGCAAUACCUGCAGAUAUUACACGCGCACACACACACAUAUAUAUACAUAUAUAUAUAUAUUUAGAGAGAGAGAGAGGGAAAGCGAGAGCGAGAGAGAGAGGUGUUUGUGUUUGUUUGCUCUUGUAACAGAACAUAGUUUCCAUAGUCAUCAUCUCUGCUUCGUUCCAAAAUUGUGUUCAUCUCUGUUUUUUCUUCUCUGUAUAAGCAACAUAAAUAACAGUGUACUUCUCAAAUUUCGCAUUA